UCGGGAACGCGAGAAAAAGAACAAAAGAAACGAGACCCAGAAAAAGAAGAGCAAGUCGCCGCAUUAUCUCGCAUUGCGGACGAAAAAAAAAGGCAAGCACAGCGUCCGACGAGCAGUGAAGUGGCAGCGGAGGCCCGUGCUGAUAGCGUGAAUAUACGGCGGCAGGUCGGUUGCGCGAGCGCCGUCGAGUGCGCCCAGACAAGGUGUUGCUCCGUCGUGAGAGGCUGCGUGUACUACACGUUUCCGAGACGCAUGGUUGCCAGCCGUCAUCGCACGCGCCACGGUGUCGAGGCGACGGUUAUAUUUGAAUACCGCAGCGUGUCGGUGUGGUGCUCGCACCACCAGUACCCGAAUCGCUGUCGCCGUGUCGGUGCUCGUACAUCCAUUAUAGUUCCGUGUUUGUGUGUGCAUGCUCAGUCUAGGAGGAAGUAAUGCAGAGAAAAUGGAUUUCGGAAGGUAUUACGAAAGACGCCGAUCUCGAUGACUGCGCUGGGGCGGCCUCGCCUGCCUUCGAGAGGCCCGCCUUUCAAAGGCAGACGUCCGAGGUCAUCUCCGCCAUCGACGAACCGACGGAGAACAUCAAUCUUAGCUGGAACGCACCUGAGUUCUACAAGAGGUUGAAGCGCUUUCGGCGGACGCAACUUGAAUAUGACACUUGGAACCCUAACCGCUGGGCCAGCUGUCCCGAAGUGGUCAACCCUUCCCCGCAGACGCUGUCCACUCCCAAUCCUGGCGUUCGCUUCUACGUCGGAACCAGCCCUUCGGGUCAGAGCAUCAGCGACGAGGACGAGGAGGAACGAUACAAGACGUACCUCUACUAUCUGCUGAGCACCACGCGAAGCGCGAGCUCAGAGAUCCGCUUCCUAGAUCUCUUCCAGGAGGCCCAGGACAACAUCCGCGCCCUACCGCGGCAAGAGAGCAACUCGACGUUAGACGUCAUACUCUCCUCUCGGCAGCAGCUGUCCUACUCGCCCUCCAACUCAUCUGCCGUGGGCCAGCGGGCGUCCUGGUCUUCCGGUGGCGGCGACGAGUGCUUCAACCGAAGACGGCUCGUGCUUUACGCCCAAGAAGACGUCGGGGCCGGAAAAGCGUUGGCCCUCGGACACCAACACCACGCUUACUCCCAGCCCGUCAGCCCAGAAGGAUCGCGCGUGAGCGUAGCCACGAUCAGCGCCUCGGUCAGCGAGAAGGUGACGCUGCCCAAGAGGCUCAACAACGGUGUACGCGACGCCCACAAUGGCCGCGUGUGGUGUCGCGCCUACGACAACCCGUGCUUCGACUCGACGGGCAGCCCAAAGUCUUCGUUCCAGGACAAAACUGUCUGUGCCAGUGUUAGUAACGGUGAAACCCGCGUUGUGGCGCUACAGCCGGCACCCGUGCCGCCUUCCGACAUGCUGUUUCGCCAAGACCGAAAGUGCAGUGUGUUCGACGUACGAAGGCUCAACGCUAUCCUUCGUUACGUGUUCUGCUGCGACUGUUGCGUGUGGGAUGCGGGCCACGCGCGUCGCGCGACGGAGUCGUAGGGGUCGAUGUUUGCAACAGCAUGCGCACGUACCACGUAUAUUGUUUGUCAUGUGAUAAUUCCGCGCGUUUUAAACGCGCCAACUGUCCCGCCUUAAGACUUGGAUGUGGUGCGAAACGAAGUUUGCACCACGUUAAUCGCAUUUUUGUAGACGUAGUGAUCGAACACAUGUUGCCAACUCGUCAGCCAAGGACUUUUCCAAAGAAAUAUUGUACAGUGAAGAAGUUUUUAGUUGUUUUUUAGAAGGUUUAUUAU